AAAAUUUCAUCUCAAAACCUCCACAAAAAAAAAUUCGAAUGCGUUGUGUGAAUUGCGUUGGUUGUUCGUGGUCACGGCCAACCGGAGCUAACCGUAUCUCCUUCGGUGGUCACCUUUCAUCUGGAUUUAAUCCAUGCCCUUUAUCGCCUCUAUCUUUCCGUUCUUCUUCCUCUUGCGAUGCCAACAACUUCGCCGUGUCUUGCUCCUCCACAUCUGGACCGUCCGAUUCAAAUCCCGAACCAUAUUCAAAUCGCUCUUACAGCCGUAGAUGGCACAACCCUCUUCCCCGGCGUCGACAUCCCGAUCAAAUGCCGUCUUCUCGGAUUGUUCGUGAUUGGAUCGUUUCAGAUACAACUACUCCAGUGUCCCAAGGUUCAGAGAGAUUCACUGUAGUGUCAUACAACAUACUGGGAGUUAGAAAUGCAUCACAUCACAUAGAUUUGUACUCCAAUGUGUCUUUUCCUUACCUUAAGUGGGGAUACCGCAAAAGGUUGAUAUGCGAGGAGCUCAUUCGUCUCAAUCCAGACAUAAUCUGUAUGCAGGAAGUAGACAAGUAUUUCGAUCUUUUCAGCAUGAUGGAGAAAGCUGGAUAUGCUGGCUCCUACAAGCGGCGAACUGGAGAUAACAUCGAUGGAUGCGCAGUGUUUUGGAAGGCUGACAGGUUUCGAGUUUUGGAGAGGGAAAACAUUGAGUUUAGCCAGUUUGGUAUGGGCGAUAAUGUUGCACAGCUUGCUGUUCUUGAGCUGCGGAAGUCUAACUCAAGAAAGAUAUUGCUGGGUAACAUUCACGUGCGUUACAAUCCAAAUAAAGGAGAUGUGAAGCUGGGUCAGAUCCGUUCACUCUGCUCAAAGGCUCACUUGCUCUCUAAGAAAUGGGGUGACAUUCCUAUUGUUCUAGGUGGGGAUUUCAAUAGCACUCCCCAGAGUCCAUUGUACAACUUUUUGGCAUCCUCUGAGCUAAAUAUCAUGGAACAUGACAAAAGACAGCUGUCUGGCCAGAAAAAUUGUCGUCCAACCCAAGUUCUUGAGACCGGAAGCAAAACUAGUAAUUCAAUAACUUUCAUAAGCAGGUUAAGAUCAUUCUUUGAAGAUUUGAAUAGCUCUUGGACCAACGAAGAGAUCCGCGUCGCGACCGGGCAAGAGAACUCGUACUGGGCUGUACAUCCGCUGAAACUCAGUAGCUCAUACGCCUCAGUUAAGGGCUCUGCAAAUACCAGGGACUCUGUUGGUGAACCUCUAGCAACCUCGUAUCACUCGAAAUUUCUUGGAACGGUUGAUUAUCUCUGGUACUCUGAUGGUCUUGUACCUGCAAGAGUUCUUGAUACACUUCCCAUUGAUGUUCUCUGCAAAACCAGAGGUCUUCCUUGUCAAGAACUAGGAAGCGAUCACUUGGCACUUGUUUCUGAAUUUUUCUUUGAACCGAACGGUUGAAAGCAUCUAAAGCCAGCUUAGUUUUGGUUUACAAAUGUUUGUCUAUGUUUACAAAUUACCGAAUCAUGGUACCAUAGUAAACCAACUUCUCCGUAAAUAAUUGAAAUUGAGAUGGUCAGAAUCAUUUGUCAGCUUUUUUAAACUGGUCAAUGUAAUUAAACCGACUUCUUUGAACGUAAUUGAAAGUGAAAUACCCAUAAUUUGUUU